AACACACCUAGAGCCUCCCCCAAGCACAAGGGAGCCGGCACAAGCGCGCGCGCCUUUACGCAACCGGGCGCGCGACGCGCGGGACCAGGCGUUGUGGGCGGGGCCUGGCCAAUCCCCGCCCCUGGACCGUCACAUCCCCGCCGCCGACGGCGCGAGCUGGGGCGGGUUCCGGGUCAGUUAUCCGGUUUCGUUCUGCGCCGUCGGACGCUUCCCCCAGCCCCGCGGAGCCUCGCGCCUGCCGCCGCCAUGUCAACAAGUGGCCCUGGAAGCUCAAGUAAUGCCUCUGGCAGUAAUCGUCGCCUUCAGCAGACACAACACCAAGUAGAUGAGGUGGUUGACAUAAUGAGGGUGAAUGUGGACAAGGUGUUGGAACGAGAUCAGAAGCUGUCAGAGUUGGAUGACCGUGCUGACGCACUGCAGGCAGGAGCUUCCCAAUUUGAGACCAGUGCUGCCAAGCUGAAAAGAAAGUAUUGGUGGAAGAACUGUAAGAUGUGGGCGAUAUUGAUAGCAGUUGUUCUCAUCAUCAUCAUCAUCAUCAUCGUCUGGAAUGUGUCCUCAUGAGUUACAAGAAGAAAUGCAAAACCAGGCGGAAGCCAUCUCUCUCCUUCAAACCUGCUGUAUUCUCAAGCUCUCACCUGCUGAUGUAUAAAGCAAAAUUAUUUGAUUAGUCAUGUGUUAACUUUCUCUGGUUUAUAGGAAAUGUGCCUUUAUUAAAAGUUACACUUCUGAUUUUUAAAAUGCUAAUAAGCACAGCCCAAAACUUGCACAGUGCCUUGGUAAUCUUGAGUAUGAGCUGGUGAAGAGGAUUUCCUGUUUGCAUUUCAGAAUCUAGAAGCAAUGUAUUGUUGCCACUGUCUACUGCGUUCUAGAUAAAUUGAAAGAGUAUGUUUGCGUAUCUGUUCUCUUCGCGUCUCCUCCAGGCCCCAAUUUAAAGGUGUCUCUUCUGACGACAUACUAAAGGGGUUGGAAACCAGAUCUUAAAUUUGUGCCUUCUUGGAAGAAACUCUUAACACGUCUGCCAUUUUAACAGACUUCUGCCUGCCUUGCCAUACUCCAUUAAUGCCUUCUGACUAGUUGUGAAAGAGCCUGCCACCCUUGUAAACACUACUUAUCGUUCACUGCUUGUUUUAUGAAUAUGCAGUUAAAUUCUAUUAUUGAAGUUCUAAAGAUUUGAGCACUGAACCGUUAGUGCUGCCUUGUGGUAAUUGUGAUUAAACACUUCCCUAUAUAAGGUGUUUACAUUCUCUUGCAAAAGACAGUCUGUCCACUUUCUGUUGUCAGUUUAAUCUGGAAAGAGUACCUUUAAAAUGUUUAGUGUUUAUAAUGUAGACACUUACCAAAGUUGGUUUUUGUUUGGGGUUUUGUCUUUUGCCAAAAGUAGUUCAGUGAAGACUUUUCUCUGCAAGCCAGCAAGAUGUUUCCAGUGUAGAAUCAGUGCCAAAUGUAGUUUAAAAUUUUAUAUAUAUUUAUAUGUAAUCUCUUUGCAUUACUUCACAAAUUGUCUUCCUUCUCAACUUGUCCUCAGAGUGAGUGAGUCCCCUAGGACUUCAAGAAAGGCUGGUAACAAAUGCUGUUGCCUCUUCCCUCUUACCUCCAAACUUUUUAGGUAGGGGUGACUACUCUCCAUGAGGAGGGAAAGAAAUAACUUGGUGCUUCACCCAGUCACCACUUUGUGUACCCUCUAAUCUGUCUGUUUCUAAUUUCUUCCCAGUCCUUGUUUCUACUUCCUCUGUAUAGUUUUUCCUCUCUUGUCUUUUUUCCUCCCUUACUUUUUGGGGUCGAUUUGCAAGUAGCUACACUGAGAUUGAUUCACGAACCUAAUCGACAUAGCCUACUUCUUUGAGUGUUGGAUGUUGCUUUGACUGUUGAGUUAUCACACAAAAAUGAGCCAGACUCUUGAUGGACAAAUACCAGAAAGAUGUGACAGAGCACUCAGAGGGUGGCUAUGUCCAAAGGUGGAUCUGCCCUCUAAGCACUAAGGGAGAAAUAUUGGCCUCUUUACCCCCCAAAGUACAAGAUGCUUUAGAAUGUAUUUUUGUUUUGGGUUUUUUUGGUAGUGAGUUGUGGAAGUUGCUCUGUGGCUUAUAAUUAACUAUCUAAGGCCUUGCCUGUUUGAGGAUGAAGGUGCAAGGAUCACUGCAGUGACUUCUUUAAAUGUACAAAGUCUCUUAGAAAUUACUGUAUAAGUGUACCAUGGGACCAGUAACAAGCUACUUGUACAAACUGAAAUCUUUCUUACUCACAAUUAAGAAAACUGUUUACUAUUUUUUAUGCUGCAGCUUUAAAGAAAUAUCAACUCUAUGUACUAGUUCCUACACUUAGAAACCUCUGAAAGUGUAUGUCAUCAGGAGGGCGUGUCUUCUGCCACUGUACUGGGAAAGAGGCCUUUGUAACGUUUAAUAAAGUGGCUUUUGAAACUU